AUGAGGAAUGCUACAAUACCAGAUGAAGCCAUUACUAAUAUUACUGAAGAGGUUGAACGAAUUUUGGCAAGCAAGCAAGAAUCAAAAAUUUUUAAUUUAUCUACAGGACCAUCAACAAAAAUUAUGGCUAGUUUAUUAUUUUCGAUAUAG